CACUCAUGCCCUGAACAAAAAUGGCUAUCGCAGUUGCGGAGCUCUUGAAAACGAAUGAAGAGUGCCUUGUAGGCGCUUCAUUGUUUUGUUGCGCGUGCUGUCUUUGGGUAGCGGUGCCUGCGCUCUAUUGAGAGAGGUUGCGGAGGACGAGAAAGAAGAAAUGGAUAGUUUUGUUGAUGAACUGAGAAGGGAAGGAGGGGAGGCAUCUUCAGAAGAAGAGCCUGAGGCCGCAUCUGUGGGAACAGCAGGGAAUACUGUGCUUCCUGAAAUUUAUUUACCUCGACUCCCAAGGUGUUUUCAGCAUCCCACAACUGCAGGCCGAAAACCAUCAGAUUUUCAGAAGGCUAAAGAUGACUGUUUAAGCUGUAUACAGGAUGCUCUCCUGCAAAGUCAGUGGCAGAGAGCUGCAGAAUUAAUGAUAAGCUAUCUAGAGACACUGGAGAAUACAACUAAAGAAAAACAGCGGGCAGCACCUGAAGAGAUCUGGAGAAUAGGAACGGAAAUUUUGCAUCAUCAUCCAAGAAGCAACAUAGAGGAGUCCACCCAGUUUGCAGAUCGGAUGAAAAAUUUAGGAGUAAAGGGAUAUUUAAAGGUCUCUUUAGAGCAUGUCUUCCACCUCUUGUGUAAUGGGUAUGUGGAUGAGGCUUAUCAGAACCUGGCCCUGGCAGAAAGCUGGCGCUACGGAGAACAAACAGUUCUUCAGGAAAAAGAGCUGAAACUUAUUCAAGGCUACAAGGGGCUUCUUGACUACUUCAGAUGGCUAAAAAAGAAGACAGACAUAUUGCAGCUUGAGGAAGAAAGCUAUGCUGAGUCCUCUAUUCAGCAAGAAAUGCACAGCUUCUACCGGCAGGCGGCAGUCAACCUUAAGGAGAUCAUUAAAAUUCCUGGAGUUUGGGAUCCUUUUGUAUUAUGUUAUGUGGACCUCCUGGAAUACUAUGAGGAAUAUGAAGAAGCCAGAGAAUUGUUAAAUGAGUAUGCUUACAAUUCCAAAUUUCCUGCCAACCCUAAUGCUCAUGUCUACUUCUAUCAGUUUCUAAAGAGAAGGGGUGAAUCAAGGAAGAAACAGAUCGCUGCUCUUCAAGUCUUACAUGAACUUGUUCCUUCUCAUGAAUUGAUGUUGGAAUUUUAUGUCAUGCUUAAAAAAUCAAAAAAAAGUAAAAACCAGAGACUGCGACUGGAAGUUAUUUUUGCAGUCUUAGACUUUGCUGGAUGGAAGGAAAAUGUAAAGGCUUGGAGAUGUUUGGCAAAACAGAUAAUAGAAAUAUUACAAAAUUCUGGCAAGCAAUUUGACUGGCUCAAGGAGGAAUGGGAUACCCGGAAAAAAUGGUGGCCAGUCUUCCAUUUCAGCAGUUAUUUGGCAAAAAGAGACUGGCAGGAAAAUGAAAGACUUGCAUGUGAAAAAGUCCUGGUGGCUGGAAUACUGCUGGGAAAAGAUUGCAAAUACUUUAAGCAUGUCACACAUCAAGGAUGUAAAACCAGGAAGAAGAAGAUCAAAGCACUGAAGAAUUUUGUGAAAGAAAAUGGCUGGGUCAAUUUGAGAUUGUCUGUCUGAUAUUUGAUCACUUCAAAUGUCAGUGGUGUUUUCCUUUUUCUAAAAGGAUGCAAAUUAUUUUUCUAGAAUGUAUGAUUUUUCACAUAUGUAUAGAUUCCCAGUGCAAAGAAAUAUUUUGUUGUAAAAUUGUGCAUCAAUGACAAUCAUUUGUGCACAGAGUUUUUUAAAAUAAAUUUGAAGGAAUGCA